AUGGCUUCAAUGAAUUAUUGUUUCACUGUGUGUCGUGCAACUGACGAAAAUGCUCAACACAGAUCUCAUAUAAACACGGCAUCACAAGCAAUCGAUGUUCCUCAAUCAUCAUCGCCUGCUAAUGGUGCUUACUUCUUCGGACGAUUCUUUUCGUUUGGUAGUUCAUCAUCAUCAUCAUCGCCUACAUCAACAUUUGCUAAUCGAUUUCUUCUCAAAGCAUCUGAUGUCAUCCAUGAUGAUGAUAACUUAGCUUGA